AUGACAAGCUGGAUAAGACAAAAUUUGUUAUUGGUAUUAACAAUUGCCUCAGUAAUAACAGGGGUUUUACUGGGUUUUAUGGGACGAUCUCUUGAUCUAAAAUCCCAAACUGUAGUGCUGUUUGGCUUUCCGGGAGAAAUAUUGAUGCAUAUGCUGAAACUCAUGAUUUUACCCCUUAUAAUCAGUUCACUUAUUUCAGGUUUGGCACAAUUAGAUGCAAAACAGUCUGGACGUUUGGGCUCUCUUGCUGUACUUUACUAUGUUACAACCACUGCUAUCGCUGUUGUCACUGGUAUAUUUCUCGUAUUAGUUAUUCACCCUGGUGAUCCUACGAUCAAGCAAAAUAUUGAAGGAACUACAGAAGCAAAAUCAGUCAGCUCACUUGAUGCAUUUCUUGACCUAUUGAGAAAUACAUUUCCCGAAAAUAUUGUACAAGCGACAUUUCAACAAGUACAAACGAAAUAUAUUCCUAUCAAGGUUAAAGUUUUAGAAAAGAACAAUUCAGAAACGUUAGAAGCAUCUGCUAACAGCUCAUUCACUGUCAUGAAGCCGUCCGUUGAAUACGUUUCUGGAAUGAAUGUUCUUGGCAUAAUUGUAUUUUCUAUAUCAUUUGGCAUUGUAUUAAGUCAAUUGGGUGAACAAGCUCGCACAAUGGUUGAAUUUUUUUCUGUAAUGGAUCAAGUAAUCAUGAGACUUGUUAUGAUUAUUAUGUGGUAUUCACCAAUAGGCAUAAUGUCUUUAAUAAUCGGAAAAAUCUUGGAAAUUGAUGACUUGGCUGAUAUGGCUCGAAUGUUGGUACUUUACGUAGUUACUGUAUUAAUUGGACUAUUUAUUCAUGCUUUUAUCAGCCUACCAUUAUUAUUCUUCGCUUGCACCAGGAAGAAUCCAUUUGUUUUCAUGAGAGGCUUAGUACAAGCAUGUGUUACUGCUCUCGGCACUGCUUCCAGUUCAGCAACACUACCAAUGACAAUGAAAUGUUUGGAGGAAAAUUUAGAAAUUGAUCGACGAGUCACACGAUUUGUGCUGCCUGUUGGAGCCACUAUUAAUAUGGAUGGUACGGCACUCUAUGAAGCAGUCGCAGCUAUAUUCAUCGCACAAACAAACGGAAUUGAACUCUCAGUUGGUCAAGUAAUUACUGUUAGUUUGACAGCGACUUUAGCAUCGAUAGGUGCAGCAUCUGUGCCAUCAGCUGGUUUGGUUACAAUGCUAAUUGUCCUAACAGCCGUUGGUUUACCAGUGAAAGAUGUUUCACUCAUUGUUGCUGUAGAUUGGCUUUUAGAUCGAAUUCGAACUUCAAUCAACGUACUUGGUGAUGCAUAUGGUGCUGGAAUCGUACAUCAUUUCAGUUUAAAGCAUUUAGCAGUUACUGAUUCUGAACGUCGAUCAUCUCAUCCAACAUAUGACGACCAUGGUAAUCAUAAUCUUAUUUUACAAUUGCAUGAGUGA